UUUCGCAAAAAUGAUGAAAUGAAGGCUAUGGAAGUAUUGCCAAUUUUAAAGGAAAAAGUUGCAUACCUUUCAGGUGGCAGAGAUAAGCGUGGAGGUCCCAUUCUAACGUUUCCAGCUCGUAGUAAUCAUGAUAGAAUACGGCAAGAGGACCUUAGAAGACUAAUUUCAUACCUAGCGUGUAUUCCUAGUGAGGAGGUAUGUAAACGAGGAUUCACUGUCAUUGUAGAUAUGCGUGGGUCAAAAUGGGACUCCAUAAAGCCUCUGCUGAAGAUUUUACAGGAAUCUUUUCCAUGUUGUAUUCAUGUUGCACUGAUAAUCAAGCCAGACAAUUUCUGGCAGAAACAGAGGACUAACUUUGGCAGCUCUAAGUUUGAGUUUGAGACAAAUAUGGUGUCUCUGGAAGGCCUUACCAAAGUAGUUGAUCCUUCUCAGCUAACCCCAGAAUUUGAUGGCUGUUUGGAGUACAACCAUGAGGAGUGGAUAGAAAUCAGAGUUGCCUUUGAGGACUACAUUAGCAAUGCAACCCAUAUGCUGUCCAGACUGGAGGAAUUGCAAGAUAUAUUGUCAAAAAAGGAAAUGCCUCAGGACCUGGAAGGUGCUCGCAAUAUGAUAGAGGAGCAUUCACAAUUAAAAAAGAAAGUCAUUAAGGCCCCUAUCGAGGACCUUGAUGUGGAAGGACAAAAGCUGCUCCAGCGGAUACAGAGCAGUGAUAGCUUUCCCAAAAAGAACUCUGGGUCAGGGAAUGCAGACUUACAGAACCUUUUACCCAAAGUAUCCACCAUGCUGGACAGGCUGCACUCAACACGGCAGCAUCUGCAUCAGAUGUGGCAUGUGCGGAAAUUGAAAUUGGACCAAUGUUUUCAGCUCAGGCUGUUUGAGCAGGAUGCUGAGAAGAUGUUUGACUGGAUCACACACAACAAAGGUCUGUUUCUGAACAGCUACACAGAGAUCGGAACCAGUCACCCGCAUGCGAUGGAGCUUCAGACACAGCACAAUCACUUUGCCAUGAACUGUAUGAAUGUGUAUGUAAACAUAAACCGCAUCAUGUCAGUAGCAAAUCGCCUGGUUGAGUCUGGCCAUUAUGCUUCACAGCAAAUAAAACAGAUUGCUAGUCAGUUGGAGCAAGAAUGGAAGGCAUUUGCUGCAGCCUUGGAUGAACGUAGCACGUUACUGGAUAUGUCCUCCAUCUUCCAUCAGAAAGCUGAACAGUACAUGAGCAAUGUGGACUCAUGGUGUAAAGCCUGUGGUGAGGUGGAGCUUCCCUCAGAACUGCAAGAUUUAGAAGAUGCUAUCCAUCAUCAUCAAGGGAUAUAUGAGCAUAUUACCUUGGCUUACUCUGAGGUGAGCCAAGAUGGAAAGUCACUGCUUGACAAACUUCAAAGACCUUUGACUCCUGGGAGUUCCGAUUCCCUCACUGCUUCUGCCAACUACUCCAAAGCAGUUCAUCAUGUUCUGGAUGUCAUCCAUGAAGUACUGCACCACCAGCGCCAGCUGGAAAAUAUUUGGCAGCAUCGAAAGGUCCGCUUGCACCAGCGGCUUCAGCUAUGCGUUUUUCAACAGGAUGUUCAACAGGUAUUGGAUUGGAUUGAAAACCAUGGAGAAGCUUUCCUUAGCAAACAUACUGGAGUGGGAAAAUCCCUGCAUCGGGCUAGAGCUUUGCAGAAACGCCACGAAGACUUUGAAGAGGUUGCUCAGAACACAUAUACCAAUGCAGAUAAGCUCCUAGAAGCAGCCGAACAGCUUGCUCAGACUGGGGAGUGUGACCCGGAGGAAAUUUAUCAAGCCGCCCAUCAGCUCGAAGACCGGAUACAGGAUUUUGUUAGGCGUGUGGAGCAACGCAAGAUCCUGCUGGACAUGUCUGUGUCCUUUCACACUCAUGUUAAAGAGCUGUGGACAUGGCUUGAAGAGUUACAGAAAGAACUGCUUGAUGAUGUCUAUGCUGAGUCUGUGGAGGCUGUCCAAGACCUGAUUAAACGUUUUGGUCAACAGCAACAGACCACUCUGCAGGUUACAGUCAAUGUCAUAAAAGAAGGCGAAGAUCUUAUACAGCAACUAAGGGAUUCUGCCAUUUCUAGUAACAAGACCCCCCAUAACAGCUCGAUCAACCACAUAGAGACAGUCCUGCAGCAGCUGGAUGAGGCCCAAUCUCAGAUGGAGGAACUUUUUCAAGAACGCAAGAUCAAGCUUGAGCUGUUUCUGCAGCUCCGUAUAUUUGAAAGAGAUGCAAUAGAUAUAAUUUCAGACCUCGAGUCUUGGAAUGAUGAGCUCUCUCAGCAGAUGAAUGACUUUGACACUGAAGAUCUUACAAUAGCAGAACAGAGGCUCCAGCAUCAUGCAGACAAAGCCCUGACCAUGAAUAACUUGACCUUUGAUGUCAUCCACCAAGGGCAGGAUCUGCUGCAGUAUGUCAAUGAAGUGCAGGCAUCUGGUGUUGAGCUGCUUUGUGACAGAGACGUAGACAUGGCAACUCGGGUCCAGGACCUGCUGGAGUUCCUCCACGAGAAGCAGCAGGAGCUGGACGUGGCCGCCGAGCAGCACCGCAAGCACCUGGAGCAGUGUGUGCAGCUGCGUCACCUGCAGGCCGAGGUCAAGCAGGUUUUGGGCUGGAUUCGAAAUGGGGAGUCAAUGUUAAAUGCUGGGCUUAUCACUGCUAGCUCUUUGCAGGAGGCAGAGCAGUUACAGAGGGAGCAUGAGCAGUUUCAACAUGCAAUAGAGAAAACGCAUCAAAGUGCUUUUUUCUGCAAUCAGAAGGCAGAGGCAAUGCUGCAGGCUAAUCACUAUGACAUGGAUAUGAUCCGGGAGUGUGCAGAGAAGGUUGCUUCCCAUUGGCAACAACUGAUGCUGAAGAUGGAGGACCGUCUCAAGCUUGUGAAUGCCUCUGUUGCCUUCUAUAAAACAUCUGAACAGGUGUGCAGCGUGCUGGAAAGCCUGGAGCAAGAAUAUAAGCGAGAAGAAGAUUGGUGUGGGGGAGCAGACAAACUGGGUCCCAACUCUGAAACAGAUCAUGUUACUCCCAUGAUAAGCAAACACCUGGAACAGAAGGAGGCGUUCCUAAAGGCUUGCACGCUGGCUCGGAGGAAUGCUGAUGUCUUCCUGAAAUACCUGCACAGGAACAGCGUAAACAUGCCAGGCAUGGUGACACACAUCAAAGCACCUGAACAACAAGUCAAAAAUAUCUUGAAUGAACUCUUCCAGAGGGAGAACCGUGUGCUGCAUUAUUGGACCAUGCGUAAAAGACGUCUUGAUCAAUGCCAACAGUAUGUAGUGUUUGAAAGAAGUGCCAAACAGGCUCUGGAAUGGAUUCAUGACAAUGGGGAGUUUUAUUUAUCCACACAUACUUCUACUGGCUCCAGUAUCCAGCACACUCAAGAGUUGUUAAAAGAACAUGAAGAAUUUCAGAUCACAGCAAAGCAAACCAAAGAGAGGGUGAAGUUGUUGAUACAGCUGGCUGAUGGCUUUUGUGAAAAAGGGCAUGCUCAUGCAACAGAGAUUAAAAAAUGUGUCACAGCAGUGGAUAAGAGGUACAGAGACUUUUCCCUGCGCAUGGAGAAAUACAGGACCUCUUUAGAGAAAGCUCUGGGUAUUUCCUCGGAUUCCAAUAAAUCGAGCAAAAGCUUGCAGCUGGAUAUAAUACCAGCCAGUGUCCCUGGGUCAGAGGUGAAACUGCGUGAUGCUGCUCAUGAGCUUAAUGAAGAAAAACGAAAGUCUGCCCGCAGAAAAGAGUUCAUUAUGGCUGAGCUAAUUCAGACAGAAAAGGCUUACGUGAGAGACCUCCGGGAAUGCAUGGAUACAUAUCUAUGGGAAAUGACAAGCGGAGUUGAGGAGAUCCCACCUGGUAUUGUAAACAAAGAACACAUUAUCUUUGGAAACAUGCAGGAAAUCUAUGAGUUCCACAAUAAUAUAUUCCUCAAGGAGCUGGAAAAAUAUGAACAGUUACCAGAAGAUGUUGGACACUGCUUUGUUACAUGGGCAGACAAAUUCCAAAUGUACGUUACUUACUGUAAAAAUAAGCCAGAUUCUACCCAGCUGAUACUAGAACAUGCAGGAGCGUACUUCGAUGAGAUACAGCAACGACAUGGACUGGCCAACUCUAUCUCUUCUUACCUGAUCAAGCCUGUCCAAAGGAUAACAAAAUAUCAGCUUCUGUUAAAGGAGCUGCUCACGUGCUGUGAAGAAGGUAAAGGUGAGAUUAAGGAUGGCCUGGAGGUGAUGCUUAGUGUGCCAAAGCGAGCCAAUGAUGCCAUGCACCUCAGCAUGCUGGAAGGCUUUGAUGAAAAUAUAGAAUCUCAGGGAGAGCUCAUCCUUCAAGAAUCCUUCCAAGUGUGGGACCCUAAAACUCUAAUUCGAAAGGGAAGAGAGAGGCACCUUUUCCUUUUUGAGAUGUCCUUGGUUUUCAGUAAAGAAGUAAAGGACUCCAGUGGAAGGAGCAAGUACAUUUACAAGAGUAAACUGUUCACUUCUGAACUGGGUGUCACAGAACAUGUAGAAGGAGAUCCCUGCAAGUUUGCUCUAUGGGUUGGAAGGACACCAACUUCAGACAACAAAAUUGUUCUCAAGGCAUCCAGUAUAGAGAAUAAACAGGACUGGAUCAAACACAUCCGGGAAGUGAUACAAGAAAGGACCAUUCAUCUGAAAGGAGCAUUGAAAGAGCCAAUCCACAUCCCCAAAACUGCACCAACAACAAAACAGAAAGGAAGAAGAGACGGCGAGGACCUGGACAGUCAGGGAGAUGGUAGCAGCCAACCUGAUACUAUUUCAAUUGCCUCACGAACCUCACAGAACACGCUAGACAGCGAUAAGUUGUCUGGUGGGUGCGAGCUGACGGUGGUAAUCCACGACUUCACUGCCUGCAACAGUAAUGAGCUGACAAUCCGCCGUGGGCAGACGGUGGAGGUCCUGGAGAGGCCCCAUGACAAGCCCGACUGGUGUCUGGUUCGAACCACAGACCGGUCCCCAGCUGCAGAAGGCCUGGUCCCCUGCGGGUCCCUCUGCAUCGCUCACUCUCGCAGUAGUAUGGAGAUGGAGGGGAUUUUUAACCACAAAGACUCCCUUUCGGUCUCCAGCAAUGAUGCCAGUCCUCCUGCUUCAGUAACAUCACUUCAGCCCCACAUGAUCGGUGCACAGAGCUCCCCAGGCCCCAAGCGCCCCGGCAACACUUUGAGAAAAUGGCUUACCAGUCCCGUGAGGCGUCUUAGCAGUGGAAAAGCAGACGGGCAUGUCAAAAAACUAGCCCACAAGCACAAGAAGAGUAGAGAGGUUCGCAAAAGUGCCGAUGCGGGCUCUCAGAAGGAUUCUGAUGAUAGUGCAGCGACCCCGCAAGACGAAACUGUUGAAGAGAGAGGUCGGAACGAGGGGCUGAGCAGUGGUACUCUCUCCAAGUCAUCCUCUUCAGGCAUGCAGAGCUGUGGAGAGGAGGAAGGUGAAGAGGGAGCGGAUGCUGUACCGCUUCCUCCUCCAAUGGCAAUUCAGCAACACAGUCUUCUCCAGCCCGACUCGCAGGAUGACAAGACAUCCUCUCGAUUACUGGUGCGGCCGACCAGCUCUGAGACACCCAGUGCUGCAGAACUAGUCAGUGCAAUUGAAGAGCUCGUCAAAAGUAAAAUGGCCCUGGAGGACCGUCCAAGUUCCUUGUUGGUAGAUCAAGGUGACAGCAGCAGUCCAUCCUUCAAUCCUUCAGAUAACUCACUUCUUUCCUCCUCAUCACCCAUAGAUGAGAUGGAAGAAAGGAAAUCCAGUUCCUUAAAAAGACGACACUAUGUCUUACAGGAAUUAGUGGAGACAGAGCGAGAUUAUGUACGAGAUCUGGGCUACGUAGUUGAGGGUUACAUGGCACUUAUGAAGGAAGAUGGCGUACCUGAUGACAUGAAAGGCAAAGACAAGAUUGUAUUUGGAAACAUUCACCAGAUUUAUGACUGGCACAGAGACUUCUUUUUAGGAGAGUUGGAGAAGUGCCUUGAAGAUCCAGAAAAGCUGGGAUCCCUGUUUGUUAAGCAUGAGAGAAGGUUGCACAUGUACAUAGUUUACUGUCAAAACAAACCAAAGUCUGAGCACAUUGUCUCAGAAUACAUUGAUACGUUUUUUGAGGAUCUAAAGCAACGCCUGGGCCACAGACUUCAGCUCACGGACUUGCUAAUAAAACCUGUGCAGAGAAUUAUGAAAUACCAGCUGUUACUAAAGGACUUCCUCAAAUACUCUAAAAAAGCUAACCUUGACACAACAGAACUAGAGAGAGCUGUAGAGGUCAUGUGUAUAGUACCAAAACGGUGUAAUGACAUGAUGAAUGUUGGCCGCCUGCAAGGAUUUGAUGGUAAAAUUGUAGCCCAGGGUAAGCUCCUGCUCCAGGACACAUUCUUGGUUACAGACCAGGACACGGGACUUCUGCCACGCUGCAAGGAGAGACGGGUCUUCCUGUUUGAGCAGAUUGUCAUUUUCAGUGAGCUGCUAGAUAAAAAGAAAGGUUUCUCCAUGCCCGGAUUCUUGUUUAAAAACAGUAUCAAGGUGAGUUGCCUUUCCCUGGAGGAAAAUGUGGACAGUGAUCCAUGUAAAUUUGCACUAACAUCAAGAACGGGCGAUGUCACGGAGACCUUUAUUUUGCAUUCUGCCAGUCCAGGAGUCCGCCAGUUAUGGAUCCAUGAAAUUAACCAAAUUUUGGAAAACCAGCGCAACUUUUUAAAUGCCUUGACAUCCCCAAUCGAGUACCAGAGGAACCACAGCAGUGGUGGAGGUGGCAGCGGGAGCAGCAGCGGUAACAGCAGCGGCCCCAGCAGCUGUAGUGGCAUCCCCAGCUCCAGCCGUAGCCGGCCAUCCCGGAUCCCCCAGCCUGUCAGACACCAUUCCCCAGUCCUGGUCUCCUCUGCAGCCUCGGCCCAAGCAGAGGCAGACAAGAUGUCAGGUAUGUCCAUUCACAAUCUCCCCCUGCCACACUACAACACCUCCUUAGAAACUGGCCUGAGCCAGCCAGACAGGCACCCUCCCAAUGCAGAACCGGAUGGUCCUCAGAGAGAAGCUGAGCAGAUUCCCAAGAUGAAGGUUAUUGAAAGUCCCAGGAAGACAGCGGGAAACAUUUCUGGCUCAGCUGAUGGAGCCCAGAAAGACUCACGUGGAAGCUCAGAGGACAGUCGCUCAAGAAACAGCAUAGGAUCACUGACGCUUGGGAAGCCAAGGCCAGGAGCCAUCUCACCAAUGAACUCUCCUCUCUCCACGACUUUCCCUUCUCCUUUUGGCAAAGAAAGCUUUCCACCCAGCAGCCCCCUGCAGAAGGGCUCCUUUUGGAGCUCCAUCCCAGCAUCCCCUGCCAGCCGCCCUGGCUCCUUCACUUUCCCUGGGGACAAUGACUCCCUCCAGCGGCAGGCCCCCCGCCACUCUUCACACAGCAAGGACACAGACCGCAUGAGCACAUGCUCCUCGACCAGCGAGCAGUCAGUUCACUCCACCCAGAGUAAUGGGAGUGAAAGUAGCAGCAGUAGCAAUAUCUCCACCAUGCUGGUGACACACGAUUACACGGCAGUGAAGGAGGAUGAGAUAAAUGUCUACCAAGGAGAGGUCGUGCAGAUUCUAGCCAGCAACCAACAGAACAUGUUUUUGGUGUUCAGAGCCGCCACUGAUCAGUGCCCCGCAGCCGAGGGCUGGAUUCCCGGCUAUGUCUUGGGGCAUACCAGUGCAGUCAUCAUUGACAACCCUGAUGGAACCAUCAAGAAGUCAACGUCUUGGCACACAGCACUCCGUUUAAGGAAGAAAUCUGAGAAAAAAGAUAAAGACGGCAAAAGGGAAGGCAAGCUAGAAAAUGGUUACCGCAAAUCCCGAGAAGGACUUGCCAACAAGGUUUCUGUAAAGCUUCUCAACCCCAAUUACAUUUAUGAUGUUCCCCCAGAGUUUAUAAUACCAUUGAGUGAGGUAACAUGUGAGACAGGAGAGACCAUCGUGCUUAGGUGUAAAGUCUGUGGUCGCCCCAAGGCUUCAGUUACUUGGAAAGGUCCUGAUCAUAACACACUGAGCAAUGACGGUCAUCACAGCAUUUCGUACAGUGACUUAGGAGAGGCUUCACUGAAAAUCAUUGGCGUCACUGCAGAAGACGAUGGUAUCUAUACAUGUAUAGCUGCAAACGAUAUGGGUUCGGUUUCAUCUUCCGCCAGUCUACGAGUUUUAGGUCCUGGAAGUGAUGGGAUCAUGGUAAUCUGGAAAGACAACUUUGAGUCCCUCUACAGUGAAGUGGCUGAGCUUGGCAGGGGCAGAUUUUCUGUCGUUAAGAAGUGUGACCAGAAGGGAACCAAGCGAGCAGUAGCCACUAAGUUUGUGAAUAAGAAGUUGAUGAAGCGAGACCAGGUUACCCAUGAACUUGGAGUCAUGCAGAAUCUCCAGCAUCCCCAGCUCGUUGGCCUUCUCGAUACCUUUGAGACCUCCACCAACUACAUACUAGUGUUAGAAAUGGCUGACCAGGGUCGCCUUCUAGACUAUGUCGUGCGAUGGGGAAACCUCACAGAAGGGAAGAUCAGACUCUACCUGGGAGAGAUUCUGGAAGCUGUGCAGUAUCUUCACAACUGCAGAAUAGCACAUUUGGACCUAAAGCCUGAAAAUAUUUUGGUGGAUCAGAGUUCCACUAAGCCAACAAUAAAACUGGCUGACUUUGGAGACGCAGUCCAGCUCAAUACCACGUAUUAUAUCCACCAGUUACUUGGAAACCCAGAGUUUGCAGCUCCUGAAAUUAUUCUUGGAAAUCCUGUUUCCCUCACUUCAGAUGUUUGGAGCAUUGGAGUGCUCACAUAUGUCCUUCUUAGUGGCGUCUCUCCUUUCCUGGAUGAAAGCGUAGAGGAAACUUGCCUGAAUAUUUGCCGCUUAGACUUUAGUUUCCCAGAUGACUACUUCAAAGGAGUUAGCCAGAAGGCCAAAGAUUUUGUAUGCUUCCUACUUCAGGAUGACCCAGCUAAGCGUCCCUCGGCUGCACUGGCCCUCCAGGAGCAAUGGCUGCAGCUGGGGAAUAGCAGAAGUGCUGACAGCAUUGACACAUCCAGACUGACUUCGUUCAUUGAGCGGCGAAAACACCAGAAUGAUGUUCGACCCAUCCGUAGCAUUAAAAACUUCUUACAGAGCAGGCUCUUGCCAAGAGUUUGACCUUGCUUGAAGUUCUCUCUCAUUCUCUUUCACCUGCCAAUCAGACUGGAGAUGGACUCCUGCCAAUCAAUCAGACUCAAAAUAGACUCCUCCUG